AUGAAGUUCGCCUCCGAGGAGACAGUGUUCGUUACUAUCGCCAUUGCAGCCAUCGUGUCUUUACAAGGGGUAACAAGUCAGCAAGAAUGGCACCGACUGGAUGACGCAGUCUAUCUAGUGGAUAGCACCACCGCAGUGAAAGGGUAUGAUCAGGCGCAGGCUGUCUGUCAAGGUUACGGAGCGAAUUUAGCAAGGGUUGACUCAGAUGAGAUCCAGGCUUUCUUGACGACUUUCAUUACUCCGGCCUUACAAAAUAGCCGGUGCUUUUGGAUUGGUUGCAGCAGGGACAGAGAGGGUCAAUUUAGAUGGCUUGACGGCACACCAGUGAUAUAUGAUGGUUGGGGACAAGGUGAACCAAACAAUAAUGAUGGAUUUCAAAAUUGUGCUUGCAUCAGGUCGGUCAGAGAGACUAGAAAGCAUGGAAAAUGGGACGAUGACUUCUGUACAUUGGACAGAAACUUCAUUUGCCAGAAAGGAAUUUAUAAUUUCCAUCUCGUGAUCCCUCGAACUUAUCCCGGUUUCGCUAAUGUAUACUGCGCCAUCAACGUCGAAAUCGAAGGAGAAACAACACUGUCUCCAGAUGACGUCACGCUAUCCAUCGGUCAAACUCUUUCGUCAUCGAAACCGAUUUCUAGCUCAUCGACGAGUCUUGACGGUGAAUUCCGUAAUAAAAGUUUUCUUCUUGACAAUGUGAACGAAGACGACCAAAUCUUCUGCUACGUAGGUGAACUGCCGGACAAAAAUAGAUCCUUUUCACUGGCUACUAUUUCUGCUGUCUUUGAUUUUUACGCUUUACCAGAGCUACCAUCCGGCCCAACAGUCGGAGAGAUCAGGUCGUCAUCAGUCACUGUCUUCUGGAGCUCUUGGAUACCUUGUCUGGACUUCGGCGACGGGCCAGUUGUUGGUUACCUUAUCUAUCAGCAAACUAUGGAAGACGAAUGGAUAGGGGUUGGUAAAAUCGACUUGGAUGUGGGAGAGGGCGAUCUUCAACGAAUAAUGGAGUUUGUAUUGACUGACUUGGAACCAGGAACAGAAUACAAUAUCAGUGUGUCUGCCGUCAGAGAAGGUCCCGGCGGAGAAGGACCAAGAAGUCCACUUGUGACUGUUACGACUCCUACCCUCGAGUGUCAGCACCUGAGGAAAACUAGUGCUGUUUGGAUGGCUUUAUUCGUGAUAUCGUUCUCGGGGAUCAUCAUACUUCUUGUGAUUGUAGGCAAGCGGAAGCAGAAGGCGGACCAGACUCGUGUACGUUUUGACCCAGAAGGAGCAGGCGAUCCAAAGAGCCCUGAUUACGAGCUGCCUCCACAGAGUGUAGUCAGGCAACAUGCCUACCAGGGCCUCAGAAGAUCAAGGAUCAGCGACAGCAUAGAAGUGGAUUACGAUGACACCGCUGAUCCAGAGAAAUUGUAA